CACCAGUCAGACUGUUGAACAGUGAGUGAACAUUGACGGUCUUUCUUUCGCAGCAAACGCAAGUGCUGCGGCAACAGACUGGUGUUUCCCCAAGCAGUGAGGGCAGAGGGGAACUGUGGAGAGGAUUGAAACCAAUGUCCCUUGAGAAAAUAACAUUAUAGUCUCCAAACAUGACUUCAGUUUGGAAGAGACUUCAGCGUGUCGGCAAGAAAGCAUCGAAAUUCCAGUUUGCGGCGACUUUUCAAGAACUGACGGUAGAAUGCACGAAGAAAUGGCAACCAGACAAACUGAGAGUGGUAUGGACCAGGAGAAACAGACGAAACUGCACCAAGCUGCAUGGAUGGCAGCCGGGCAUCAAGAACCCCUACAGGGGCACGGUGGUAUGGCAGGUGCCCGAAAACCUGGACAUCAAUGUCACCCUUUUCAAGGAGCCGACUGCAGACGAAUUUGAAGACAAGGACUGGACGUUCAUCAUUGAGAAUGAGACUAACAAGGGCCACAGGAAGGUGCUGGCAUCGGUGGACGUCAACAUGAAGAGGUUUGCCAGCGCCACGCCUGCCCAGUACGACCUGACGCUGAAGCUCAAGCCUCUGUCGGUGAAGGUGGUGGAGGCCACGCUCAAACUGACCUUGACCUGCGUCUUCCUCAAAGAGGGCAAGGCCACAGAUGAGGACAUGCAGAGUCUGGCCAGUCUGAUGAGCCUGAAGCAGAGUGACAUCGGCAACCUGGAUGACUUCAACGAUAGUGACGAGGAAGAGGGCGGAAGAAGAGCCAGCAUCGGAGCCAGCUUGGGAGCCGCAACUCCCGUCACAGCCUCCACAAGAAGAAUACGUGAUCAGGCAUGGAGACCUGUGAUUGACCCAGAGGCCACAGCUGCCAGUAAGAUGGAUUGGAGUAGCUCAUCUGGCACUGUGUCUACCAUCUCACUUCUGUCACGCCCCCCUCUGCCCGUACCCCUCGACCCCUCCGCCCUGCCUCCCGCCCCUGCCGCCCACUCCCGACUCACCACUGGCCCCGCGGGCACCGCUCAGCAGCCACGACCCUCCCCCUAUGCCUACCAAGUGCCAGCCUUUGUCCGCGCCCACCCACCUGCACUGCCCAAAAUCUUCCAGCCCGCUGCUGGCUCAGUGCCCAUAUCUGUAGGCCGGAGGCCAUGUGGCUUCCAGACUGACCCGGCCAUUGACCCUGCCAGUCUUGCAGAGGGCCGUGUGGCCCCUGGUCUCCCCACCUUCUCUCCAUCAAGACCCCUCUCAGCCUCCUUCACUGGGCCUUCCUCCUCUUCCACCUCUCCUCUCUCCUCUUCACCCUCUGCCCCAUCUUCUUUUCCACCUCCCUCUUUCUCUGAUAUUCCACAGACAGCCACCUAUGCUGCUGCUCGCACCAGUGCUUGGAGACCCCAGAGCGUCCCCUCCUUCUCAUCCUCCUCCUUCUCUUCCACCACUAUCGGCACCUCCCCUCCUACUUCCCAGCCCCUUCCUGUCCCCUGUCGGCCCAAAGCAUACAUCACCUCCCUGGCAGAGCCGGGCUCUGCCCUCACUAGGCCUACCAGCCUGCCCUCAGCCCCUGAGACAGUACCCUGGCAGAGUGAAUGGAGACCGCCCAAAUCCCAGGCCCCUCUGGCCCAGCCAGCCCUCUCCCCCAAAUUUCUGCGCCCCUCUCCCCCUGACCCAGUGGAGCCUGUGACCCUAGAGCAGACAAAGCGGACCAUGGAGACACCAUUCCCCCCUGCUGCGCUCCAGACUGCAGAAUGGAUGCACCAGGUGGUUCCCACCAUGGUCCACCCCAAUUUUAAGAGGCUGGUCUCCCCUCCUCUGGAGCUCCCCCACUCACCCUUUCCUCUCACCCCCUAUCCUGUUCCUUCUCCUGUGCUCUCUGCUGGCUCUCAGACUCAAGUCCCCACUGCCCCCCUCCCAGCACCAGUCACUACUCCCCAAGAGACAGAGUUUCAGAGGCAGUUGAGCACUCUGACAGAGGAGGAAUACACCACUGCCACAAGUCCCACCCGCACUGCUGGAAUGAUCAGUAUUGUCAAUCAGAGGCCAGACCCGUCAACAUCCUCACUUGACCCAUUGGCUAAGCCCUUUGAGACAAGAGCUUAUGCGAGAAGUUGGGGGGCGGACUCAAUGUUUGGAAUGGAGUUUGUCCAGGGAACGGCAGGACCUGAGAGCAUGACCCCUCUCCUGCCCUUUAGCCCCCGAGCACCCUCUGUUCCGGGGCUCCAAUAUUUUGAGAUGCCAAAACCGAUUGCAAAAAGUCAGGCAGAGGAGAGGUCAAUCAGGGCACUACCAGUUCCAACACCCCAGCAACCUCUCCCUUUUGCAUCCAUGCAAAGGCCUGGCUUACCUGAGCCCACAGUCACAUCCAUGAAGUCACUUGACAGAACGAGGAGUCACUUGAACAAGAUGUCCAUGCAGAUAGGGACACCGUUAGCCAAACCAGAGCCUGAACAGAUUGUGACAGUAACCAGUGGGCAGCAGAGGAUGACGGCCCCGCCCUCCCACCUCACUGAGUUGCAGACCACACGGCCGUACAGAGUGUCGCAGAGGGGUCUGCCAAAGGAGAAAGACCCAAAGAAAGAGCAGGGGCAGACACUGGUCCCUAAGAAAGAUGCUCCUAAAUAUUUUCCCAAAACAACAAGAGGUUCAAGAUGUUCAAAAGAACAAGGGGUACCCAUGGAUUGGGGAACUAAAAGUAUGGCUGCCUCGCUGCCAUCUUGUCCAAAAGUGUCCAGUUACCCUGGUUUCCCAUCCACAUUGAUUAGGAACAGAUAUAAGGCCCGACCCGAAGAAUGGCCCAUUGAUAAGAGUCCAUUAUGGGAGAAGCCCCUGAAAGGAACACCAAUUAUCACCCCUGCCCCUGAAACAUCGGAUGAGGACCAGAAAGUAAUGGAAAGUAUGGCUUCCAUGUUGCCAAGUUGUCCAAGGGUAGCCAGUGUUCCUGGGUUCCCCUCAGCACCUCCACCCAAAACAGAAAGACCAGCACCUCCACCCAAAACAGAAAGACCUGCACCACCACCCAAAACAGAAAGACCAGCACCACCACCCAAAACACAAACGGAACCAAGUUUGGUGAAUCUAGUGCCAACUUGCACAAGCGUAUCCAGUGCACCUUGUUUGGCCUCCAGGAAACCAAAGGAGACUGAAGGGGCAGAGGCUGUAGGUUGGAGGGAGGAUAAAAAGCUGAAAUGGGAGAGACCACAUGAUGAGAAGACGGUUAUUGAGCUUUCGUCGUCAAUUGCUUUAGACCAAGUGUAUGGAGACAAAGAAAUGUUGAAACGUAUGGUAGUGCUUGUCCCAUUUUGUCCAAGUCAGAGUACUAUUCCUGGUUUUCAAUCUGUUCCAAGGCCCAAAGCUCAGGUUGUGCCAAGCAUGGUUAACAUAAUGCCAUCUUGCCCAAGGGUAUCUAGAGUUCCUGGACUGCCAACCAUAGACCCGGCAAAGACAGCCGACUGGCCAGUAGAUACAAAGGCUCUGUUUAAUAAGUUACCUAAAGAAGUAGAAUUAUUGAUGGUCCGUUUAGAGGACGUUGGCACAGUUUAUAAUGAUAGUGAAAAGGUCAAGAAAAUGGUGGAUCUUAAACCAUCCUGCCCCAAAACAGCCAGUAUUCCUGGCUUCCCAUCUGAAACAAUGCAAGAGCCUACUAAAUUGUCCAAUGUUGGGACAAGAAAGUUUUCUGAAUCUGAACUGAAUAUGGUUAACCUUCUGCCUACAUGCCCUUUAAUGGCCAGAGUUUCUGGUUUACCCUCUAAACUGCCAAUUAAGUCAGAUAAUGUUGACUGGCAUGCUAACAGUAGGCCUAUUUUGGAGAGACCAUUGAAGAACAGAGCACUUUCUGUAGCGCAGGAAAUGCAACAAAAGGACAAAGAACUUACCAAAAAUAUGGUAGAUAUGUUACCAUCUUGCCCGAAUAAGGCCAGGAUUCCAGGUUUUCCCUCUGCAUCUAGGCAGAAGCUAGUAGACACACCAAGUAUGACCAGUCUUCUGUCUACAUGCCCUAGACUUUCUACGGUUUCUGGUUUACCCUCCAAACAGCCAAUCAGUUCUAGAGAUGCUGAUUGGCUUGUGGACAGAAAGCCACUGUGGGAAAAGCCAUUGAGGAAAAUAGAUGUGAUGAUUCAACCAAUUUCUUCCACUCUUACCAUUGCAUAUAAAGACAAAAUGAUGUUGAAAUAUAUGGUAGCCAUGUUACCAUCGUGCCCAAGGAAGGCCAGUAUUCCUGGCUUUCCUUCAAAACUGAAGCAGAGGCUAGGAUCCCCAAGAAUGAUCAUGAAGUAUGAUCUUCUUCCUACUUGCCCUAAACUUUCCAAAGUUUCUGGUUUACCCUCUAGACAUCCAACUGAGUCAGAACCUGACUACUGGCAUGCUAUCAGAUGGCCAAUAAUAGAAAAGCCAUUGAGGAAAACAGUUGAGCUGAUCCCUUCACUUUCUGUAGCACAUGCAACGUCAUAUGAGCACAAUGAACUUGUGGUUCCUCUCUUACCAUCUUGCCUGGAAAAGGCUGGUGUAGAAUCUAUGCCAAGUCAAGAGUCAAAUAUCCUCAGUCUUCAUCCUACUUGCCAUAAACUUCCCAGAGUACCUGGUUUACCCUCUAGACUUCCAAACAAUUCAGAUGAUAUUGACUGGAAAGUGGACUGCAGUCCACUGUGGGAGAAGCCAUUGAAGAAAAGAGAAGGACCUUUUUUACAAGAUCAGGAAAUGGCAUUCAAAGACACUGAAAUUCUGAAAGACAUGGUAGCCAUGUUGACAACUUGCCCAAGGAAGGCUAGUAUUCCUGGCUUCCCAUCUGCACCAAGGCAAGAGCCAAGUAUGGUUAACAUAAUGCUUACUUGUUCAAGGGUAUCUAAAGUUCCUGGAUUGGCAACUAUAGAACAGACACAAAUAGUAGAAUUACCAGUUGACAAAAAGUCACUGUCACCCAGAGAAUGGCCUGAUGAAUCAAUGUUCCAUUUGGAGAAUGAUGGCAGAGUCGAUCAUAAUAGUGAAGUGGUCACAAACAUGGCAGCUCUGAAACCAUCCUGCCCAAACGCAGCCAGUAUUCCUGGCAUCGCCUCAGCAUUAAGGUAUGAACCAAGCAUGGUUAACCUUCUGCCUACUUGCCCUAGAUUGGCCAGAAUUUCUGGUUUACCCUCCAAACACCCAACAAUGUCUAGACAUGAAAAUUGGAUUGUGGACAGAAUGCCAAUCUGGGAGAAGACAUUGAGGGAAUUGGAUGUAACGAUUCAUCAAAUUUAUCCAGCUCAUGAAACAUAUAUGGUAAAACAUAUGGUAGCUAUGGUACCAUCUUGCCCCAGGAAGGCCAGUAUUCCUGGCUUCCCUUCUGCACCAAUGCAGGAGCCAAAUAUGGUUAACCUUCUGCCUACUUGCCCUAGUCUGGCUAGAAUUUCUGGUUUACCCUCCAAACAGCCAAAUAAGUCUGCAAAUGUUGAGUGGCAUGCUAACAGCAGGCCACUCUUGGAGAGACCAUUGAGGAAGAGAACAGCAUGUCUAAUGCAGGAAAUGCCACACAAGGACAAUGAGCUAAUGAAAAAUAUGGUGGCCAUGUUACCAUCUUGCCCAAGGAAGGCUAGUGUUCCUGGCUUUCCAUCUGCACCAAGGCAAGAGCCAAGUAUGGUUAACAUAAUGCCAAAUUGUCCAAGGGUAUCUAGCGUUCCUGGAUUGGCAGCUAUCGAACAGACACAAACAGUAGAGUGGCCAGUUGAUAAAGAGUUACUGUUGCCAUCUAGAGAAAGGCCAGAAGAAUCAAAGUUCCAUUUGGACGAUAUUGACACAGUCUAUCAUGAUAUGGAAAUUGUGAAAAAAAUGGUAGCUUUGUCACCAUCCUGCCCCUGGAAGGCCAGUAUACCUGGCUUCCCCUCUGCACCACAGUCGAAGCUAGAAGACACACAAAGUAUGAUCAGUCUUCUGACUACUUGCCCUAAACUUUCUAAGGUUUCUGGUUUACCCUCUAUAGAGCGAAUCAGGUCUAGAGAUGAAUAUUGGCUUGUGGACAGAGUGCCACUAUGGGCGAAGCCGUUGAGGGAAAGGGGUGUGCGAAUUCUAGACAUUUCUCCAGCUCAUGAUAAAGAUCUGAAACAUAUGGUAGCUAUGGUACCAUCUUGCCCCAGGAGAACCAAUGUACCUGGCUUCCCUUCUGCACCAAGGCAGAGAUCAGUAGAAACCCCAAGUAUGGUGAAUCUUGUGCCUACUUGCCCAAAGGUAUCGACUGUUUCUGGAUUGCCAGCUUUGGAUCUGAAUCAGGCACCAGAUUGGUCAGUAGAUAAAGAUUAUUUGAACAUUUCACCAAGAAAAAUGUCAGGAUUAUUCGAUAAUGUUGGCACAGUCUAUAAUGAUAGUGAAAUGGCCAGCACCAUGCUUGCUCUUACACCAUCCUGCCCAAGAGCAGCCAGUAUUCCUGGCUUCCCCUCUGCACCGAGGCAAGAGCCAAUUAUGAUGAACCUUCUGCCUACUUGUCCUAGAUUUUCCAGAGUUUUUGGUUUACCUUCUAGACAUCUGCAUAAGUCUGAAAAUGUUGUCUGGCAUGCUAACUGGAUAACACUUUUGGAGAGGCCAUUUAAGAAAAGAACAGUUUCUUUGGUACAGGCAAUGCCACAUGACAACAAAGACGCUACAAAUAACAUGGUAGAUAUGUUACUAUCUUGCCCGAAGAAGGCCAGGAUUCCUGGUUUUCCCUCUGCACCACAUCCCAAAGCUGAGGUAGAUCUUAGUAUGUUGAGUCUUGUUUCUGCUUGCCCAAAAGUUUCCAGUCUCCCGGGUUUCGCAUCCAUUGAAGGGCCUACAACAUUAGAGUGGCUUGUUGACCCCAAGCCUAUGUUUGAACACUUGCAAAAGAAGGAAGAGGAAGAAGACAUUUUUCCAAAAGACCGACCAAAAGAAGACACUGAAAAAAUGAAAGCAAUGGUUGCUUUGGUGCCAUGUUGCCCAGUAGCAUCCAUGAUUCCUGGUUUCCCUUCUGCACCACGCAAAAAGGCUGAGGAGACACCAAGUAUGAUGCAUAUUGUUCCAUCCUGCCCUAAAACUUCUAGUCUCCCAGGUUUUCCAUCCAUUGAGGGGAAUAGGGAAACAGGGUGGGUAGUUGAUGAGAGGCCAUUUUACAAGAGACCACCAAAGGAGAGGAAAGUCAUUUUUGACAGCUCAAAAGCAGACAAAGAGGAAAUGAAAAUCAACAUUCCUUUGAGGCAAUCAUGCCCUCAUGCUGCUCGGAUCCCUGGCUUCCCAUCUGCACCACAACCCAAUAGGUUGAGUCUUGUUCCCAUGUUCCCUAACGUUUCCAGCCUACCGGGUCUCGCAUCCACUGAGGGGGUUACAGCGUUAGAGUGGUUUGUUGACCCCAAGCCUAUGUUUGACCACAAGGAAGAUGUUUUUCCAAAAGACGGAUCACAGCAAGACAUUGACAAAAUGAAAGCAAUAUUUGCUUUGAUGCCAUCUUGUCCUGAAGGAUCUAUGAAUCCAGGCUUUCCCUCUAUACCUGCGAAGAAGUUUGCAGACACACCAAGCAUGAUCAGUCUUCUGCAGACUUGCCCUAAAGUUUCUAAAGUUUCUGGCUUACCUUCAAGACUUCCUAUCAAUUCAGAUAAAGAUGGCUGGUGUGCAGACAAGAGGCCACUGUGGGAGAGGCCGUUAAAUAAUAGAGGCACACUAUCCUUUUGUCCAGUGCAAACAUUAUCAUUCAAAGAGAGAGCGAUGAUUACAAUUAUGGUGUCUAUGUUACCACCUUGCCCAAUAAAAGCCACCAUUCCAGGCUUUCCCUCAUCGUCACGGCACAAGUCGGAUAGGGCUCAUGUUAAGGUGAUCCCAAGCAUGGUAUGUCUAUGGCCUACCUGCCCGAAAUAUUCAAGGGCUUCAGGUUUCCCCUCAAGACGUCCAUCCAAGGCAGGACAUGAUGGCUGGCAUGUUGACAGGGAGACAUUUUGGGUUAAAUCUUUGAGGAAAGGAGAGGGACUUAAUCUCCAGAUUUCUCCAGUUGACGAUAUGUCAUUCAGAGACAGAGAAAUAAUGACAAGUAUGGUACCAUCAUGCCCAGCCAAAGCCACCCUUCCUGGCUUCCCAUCGGCUCCACAAGCCAAAGCCUCUCACGUUGAAGUAGAAAAAGAGCCAUGCAUGACUUCCCUUUUCCCAUCUUGUCCGGAAGUGUCUCGUAUCAUUGGUUUUCCUUCAAGAGAAUUGAUCAUGUUGGAUGAUGGUUAUGUAGAGGGCUGGCCGAUGGUCAAGAGUGUAGUCUGGGAGAAAUCACUGACGAGGGUUACUAAUACUCUGGAAUGCUCUCCAUUUGAGGGAGACUGUUGUUACAGAGACAAAGUCAUGAUAAAGGCAAUGUUAUCUCUUAUACCAUCAUGUCCAUGUUUUGCUUUGAAUCCAGGUUUCCCAUCUCUUCAGAUUUGUCCAUCUGAGGAAAUGUCAUUUAGAGACAGAGAAAUAUUGACAAGUAUUUUGCUGUCAUGCCCAGCAGAAGCCACCCUUACUAACUUCCCAUCGGGUCCACGAGCAAAAGAUGCUCAUGUUGAAGCCGGGAAAAAGCCAUGCAUGACUAAUCUUUCCCCAUCUUGCCCGGAAGUUUCUAGUAUAAUUGGUUUCCCUUCAAGACAGUCAGUCAUGUCUGAUCACGCUUAUGUAGAGGGCUGGCCGACAGUCAAGAGUGUACUCUGGGAGACACCACCAACGAGGGUUGCUAAUACUCUGGAGACUCUGGAAUGCUCUCCAUUUGAGGGAGACUGUUGUUACAGAGACACACGCAUGACGAGGCUCUCUGUGACUGUACUUUCAUCACCAGUUAUGAGUAGAUUAAAAGAUGACAAAGAGUUUGACAGACAUAUGAUGGCCCUGGAGCCAACAUGUCCAGAAGAAGCCAAAAUACCUGGUUUCCCCUCUGCCCCAAGACCCAAGACAAAGCAAUACAUCACUGCUACAGUUAAAUCAUCAUGCUCCAAUGUUGCCAAAGUCUCUGGCUUUCCCUUUUUACAACCAGAGAAAGUAGAUAAGGUUUUAGUAGAGAACUGGGCUGUGGAAGAUGGACCAUUAUGGCAGCAAACACAGAAAGAGAUUCCAGCUAUUGGAGUCAGUAGAUCAGAUGAUGCUAAAGGAAUGGCAGCUGUGCUACUAUCUUGCCCAAAAGACGCUAGUAUACAUGGCUUUCCAUCAGCACCAUGGCCUAUAGAAGAACAAGAGCCAAACAUGCCCAGUCUUUUGUUAACUUGCCCAAUGGUUACACAUGUCCAAGGGAUUCCAUCCACAAAGACGCAAAAUCAAGAGGAUCCUCCAAUUCAUCAGUGUCCUGUGGAGGAGAAGCCAUUUUUGGAAAAGUCACUGAAAGAGAAAACAGUGCAGUCUCUGGCUCCCACUCAUGAUGAAUUGGAGAAGGGAAUGGUGUCUAUGUUGCCAUCUUGCCCAAGUGAGGCCAUUGACCCUGGCUUUCCAUCGACACGUUGUCAAACGCCUCUCGACAGUGAUUCGUCUAUAAGUCAACAGUCAAGUCGAGGUGAAAGAAUGGAAUGGGCAGAGGAGAUAUAUGACUGCAAGGAGGGCCACACAGAGCAUAGCCACAAACCCAAACGAAUCGAAUCAGUGGUGAAUGAGAACAAACAAGAAUUUAAACAUGGCUCAGUUUUGGAGAGGCUCAAGGAAGAGGGUGUCAUUCAGACCAGAUAUGAGGCGCAAGAAGUGGGCAUUCUAGAAAGAGGACACUUGCACUGCCGAAUGUGGCACUCCAUUCCUACAGACAUGCCAUUGUUCUUGACUGUCAGAGAGAGCCCUUCGUGUCAGUCUCCCGCUCAAGGGGGACAGCCAUUACCGUAUGGGAUGGGAGCAGCUGUUGACAAUGAGCCAAAAGACAUUUCACACAGCCAGAUGGCGUGUGAGGUUGUGGCACUAGUAGAGUAUCAAGUUGUAGAAGACUUGGACAUGAUAUGUGAGGAAGAAGCGGUAGAAGAAGUCGCAGAGUCAGUCUCUGGAAUAGAGCAUUCUGAGAAGGAAGAGGUUACUGUGGCUAGGCAGGUGAAAGUUUAUGAGAUGCGACCUCAAAAUAUGGCUUCAUCAUCACCAAGAGUUGCCAGUGCACCAGGGUUUCCAUCCACUCAGGCGUCCUUUUCAGAGGCUCAAUUGGAAGACUGCCCAGUGGACACGAGCAUAUUAUGGGAGAAACCAACAAAGGACGGUCCACAGCUGGCCAUGGAUAGAUCAAAAGAGGAGAGAGACAUGGUGAGAUUUAUGGCAGAUAUAGUCCCAUCUUGCCCAAGAACUGCCAGCAUUCCAGGCUUUCCGUCUACACAUCUGUCCAAAGAAGUCGAGGUAGAGAGGGAACCUAACAUGGCAGAUCUAUUGCCAAGAGUGGCUGGCACACUCAUAUUCCCUUCUCUUGAAAGUCAGGUAGAGGAGUGUACAGUCAACACUGAGGCAAUUUGUGAGAAGACAGUGAAGGGGAAAGAAGGGGUGACCAUUAGGUCCAGUCCACAUUUGGACAGAUUACAAGAAGAGCUAAUGAAACACAUGGUGACUGUGGCGCUAUCGUGCCCUACUGCAGAAAGUAUUCCCGGCUUCCCCUCUGCACCACACCCCAAAGCUGAGGUAGAUCUAAGUAUGUUGAGUCUUGUGCCCGCUUGUCCUAAAGUAUCCAGUCUCCCGGGUUUCGCAUCCACUGAGGGGGCUGCAACAUUAGAGUGGCUUGUUGACCCGAAGCAUAUGUUUGAGCACUUGGAGAAAAAGAAGAAGAAAGAAGAAGAAACUGUUUUUCCAAAGGACAGAUCAAAAGAAGAGAGUGAAAAAAGGAAAGCAAUGGUUGCUUUGAUGCCAUGUUGCCCAAAACCAUCCCCGAUUCCUGGUUUCCCCUCUGCACCACAUCCAGAAGCUGAAGUGGGGACAAGUAGUGUGAAUCUUGUUCCCUCCUGCCCUAAAGUUUCUAGUCUCCCUGGUUUUCCAUCCAUUGAGAAGGAUAGGGAAGCAGGGUGGGUUGUUGAUCAGAGCUCAUUGUUCAAGAUACCGUUAAAGGAUAGGAAAGUCAUUAUUGACAGCUUAAAGGUAGACAAAGAAGAAAUUAAAACCAACUUUUCAAUGCGGCCUUCGUGUCCUGACGCUGCAAGGAUCCCUGGCUUCCCGUCUGCACCACAACCCAAUAUGUUGAGUCUUCCCACUUUCCCUGAAGCUUCCUGUCUCCCUGGUUUCACAUCUACUGAGGGGAUUACAACAUUAGAGUGGCUUGUUGACCCCAAGCCUAUGUUUGAGCACUUGCAGAAGAGUAAGAAAGAAGUUUUUCCAAAAGACAAAUUUAGGAAGGAAGACAUUGAAAAAAUGAAAGCAAAGGUUGCAUUGGUGCCAUGUUACCCAGAAGCAUCCAUGAUUCCUGGCUUCCCCUCUGUACCGCAACCCCAAGAGAUAUAUUUUGAGCCAACUAUACUCAGCCUUCUUUCAUUGUGUCCAAAAGUCUCCAGUAUUGCAGGUUUCCCAUCCCGUCAGCAAACUGACAGAAAAGAUUGGCACACAGAUCUGCCCCAGGAUCAUCAGCCAUUUUGGGAGAAGCAAAUGAAGAUGAACCCAGUUUUGAAAAUGGAAAGGUCAGAAAAAGAACAAGCCAAGACGAAAGGAAUGGUGGCUCUGGUACCAUCUUGUCCCAAAGUGGCUCGCACUCCUGGUUUCCCAUCUGUAUCACAACCCAAAGAGAUAUAUUAUGGGCCAAGUAUUGUCAGUCUAUCAUGUCCAAAAGUCUCUAGUAUUGCCGGUUUCCCAUCCCGUCAGCAAACUGACAGAAAAGAUUGGCACACAGAUCUGCCCGAGGAUCAUCUGCCAUUAUGGGAGAAGCAAAUGAAGGUGAAGCCUGUUGUUAUAAUGGAAAGAUCAGAAAUAUACAAAGAAAGUAUGAAAGGAAUAGUGGCUCUGGUUCCAUCCUGUCCAAAAAUGUCUCUGGUGCCUGGUUUCCCAUCUGUACCGCAACCCGAAGAGGUCUAUUAUGGGCCAAGUAUGAUCCAUCUAUCAUGUCCAAAAGUCUCCAGUAUUGCAGGUUUCCCAUCCCGUCAGCGAACUGACAGCAAAGAUUGGCACACAGAUCUGCCUGAGGAUCAUCAGCCAUUAUGGGAGAAGCAAAUGAAGAAGAAGAUGAUGUUAUUGAUGGAAAUAUCAGAAAAACAGAAACAAGAUAUGAAUGAAAUGUUGGCUCUGGUACCAUCUUGUCCGAAAGUGGCUCGUAUCCCUGGUUUCCCAUCUGUACCACAACCCAAAGUAGUAUAUUAUGGGCCAAGUAUUGUCAACCUUCUUCCAUUGUGUCCAAAAGUCUCCAGUAUGGCAGGUUUUCCAUCCCGUCAGCGAACUGACAGCAAAGAUUGGCACACAGAUCUGCCCGAGGAUCAUCUGCCAUUAUGGGAGAAGCAAAUGAAGGUGAAGCCUGUUGUUAUAAUGGAAAGAUCAGAAAUAUACAAAGAAAGUAUGAAAGGAAUAGUGGCUCUGGUUCCAUCCUGUCCAAAAAUGUCUCUGGUGCCUGGUUUCCCAUCUGUACCGCAACCCGAAGAGGUCUAUUAUGGGCCAAGUAUGAUCCAUCUAUCAUGUCCAAAAGUCUCCAGUAUUGCAGGUUUCCCAUCCCGUCAGCGAACUGACAGCAAAGAUUGGCACACAGAUCUGCCUGAGGAUCAUCAGCCAUUAUGGGAGAAGCAAAUGAAGAAGAAGAUGAUGUUAUUGAUGGAAAUAUCAGAAAAACAGAAACAAGGUAUGAAUGAAAUGUUGGCUCUGGUACCAUCUUGUCCGAAAGUGGCUCGUAUCCCUGGUUUCCCAUCUGUACCACAACCCAAAGUAGUAUAUUAUGGGCCAAGUAUUGUCAACCUUCUUCCAUUGUGUCCAAAAGUCUCCAGUAUGGCAGGUUUUCCAUCCCGUCAGCGAACUGACAGCAAAGAUUGGCACACAGAUCUGCCUGAGGAUCAUCAGCCAUUAUGGGAGAAGCAAAUGAAGGUGAAGCCUGUUGUUAUAAUGGAAAGAUCAGAAAUAGACAAAGAAAGUAUGAAAGGAAUAGUGGCUCUGGUUCCAUCCUGUCCAAAAAUGUCUCUGGUGCCUGGUUUCCCAUCUGUACCGCAACCCAAAGAGGUCUAUUAUGGGCCAAGUAUGAUCCAUCUAUCAUGUCCAAAAGUCUCCGGUAUUGCCGGUUUCACAUCCCGUCAGCAAACUGACAGAAAAGAUUGGCACACAGAUCUGCCUGAGGAUCAUCAGCCAUUAUGGGAGAAGCAAAGGAAGGUGAAGCCUGUUGUUAUAAUGGAAAGAUCAGAAAUAGACAAAGAAAGUAUGAAAGGAAUAGUGGCUCUGGUUCCAUCCUGUCCAAAAAUGUCUUUGGUGCCUGGUUUCCCAUCUGUACCGCAACCCAAAGAGGUCUAUUAUGGGCCAAGUAUUGUCAACCUUCUGCCAUUGUGUCCAAAAGUCUCCAGUAUUGCAGGUUUCCCAUCCCGUCAGCGAACUGACAGCAAAGAUUGGCACACAGAUCUGCCUGAGGAUCAUCAGCCAUUAUGGGAGAAGCAAAUGAAGAAGAAGAUGAUGUUAUUGAUGGAAAUAUCAGAAAAACAGAAACAAGAUAUGAAUGAAAUGUUGGCUCUGGUACCAUCUUGUCCGAAAGUGGCUCGUAUCCCUGGUUUCCCAUCUGUACCACAACCCAAAGUAGUAUAUUAUGGGCCAAGUAUGAUCCGUCUAACAUGUCCAAAAGUCUCCAGUAUUGCCGGUUUCCCAUCCCGUCAGCGAACUGACAGCAAAGAUUGGCACACAGAUCUGCCUGAGGAUCAUCAGCCAUUAUGGGAGAAGCAAAUGAAGGUGAAGCCUGUUGUUAUAAUGGAAAGAUCAGAAAUAGACAAAGAAAGUAUGAAAGGAAUAGUGGCUCUGGUUCCAUCCUGUCCAAAAAUGUCUCUGGUGCCUGGUUUCCCAUCUGUACCGCAACCCAAAGAGGUCUAUUAUGGGCCAAGUAUUGUCAACCUUCUGCCAUUGUGUCCAAAAGUCUCCAGUAUUGCAGGUUUCCCAUCCCGUCAGCGAACUGACAAACAUUAUUGGCACACAGAUCUGCCUGAGGAUCAUCAGCCAUUAUGGGAGAAGCACAUGGAGGUGAAGCCAGUUGUGAUAACGGAAAGAUCAGAAAUAGACAAAGCCGAGAUGAAAGGAAUAGUAUCUCUGGUACCAUCUUGUCCGAAAGUGGCUCGUACCCCUGGUUUCCCAUCUGUACCACAACCCAAAGAGGUAUAUUAUGGACCAAGUAUCAUCUGUCUUUCAUGUCCAAAUGUCUCCAGUAUUGCAGGUUUCCCAUCCAAACAGCAAACUGAAGGAAAAGAUUGGCACACAGCUCCACCCAAGGAGCAUCAACUAUUAUGGGAGAAGCAAAUGAAGAAGCUGAUUUUAUUAAUGGAAAUAUCAGAAAAAGACAAACAAGAAAUGAAAGGAAUGGUGGAUCUGGUACCAUCAUGCCCUACUGCAGCAAGUAUUCCUGGCUUCCCCUCUGCACCACAUCCCAAAGCUGAGGUAGAUAUAAGUAUGUUGAGUCUUAUGACCACUUUCCCUAAAGUUUCCAGUCUCCCUGGUUUUGCAUCCACUGAGGGGGCUACAUAUUUAGACCCCAAGCCUAUGUUUGAGCUCUUGAAGAAGAAAGAAGAAAACAUUCUCCCAGAAGACGGAUCAAAAGACAUUGACAAAACAAGAGCAAUGGUUGCUUUGGUGCCAUGUUGCACAGAAGCAGCCGGGAUUCCUAGCUUCCCCUCUGCACCACAACCUAAGAAGGAAGUAAAUAGUGUGGAUUUCACACAAUCGUGCCCCAAAAUCUCCAGUCUACCAGGUUUGCCAACUACAGCCAAAGUCCCGACAGGAAAUUCGCAGGUUGAACAGAAGCAUCUGUUUGAGAAGACACUGAAAGAUGAGACCAUAAGAAUCCAAGAUAGGUCAGCAGAAUUCAAAGGAAAUAUGAAAAAUAUAGUGGCACGUGAGAGUCUCACUCCUGGGUUCCUGUCCUUACCACAACCUAAAGCAAUGGAAGAACAAACCAUGUCUGCUCUACACCCAUCUUGUACAAAUGAAUCUACAAUAGCUGGAUUACCUUCUAGACAGCCAAUUGAAUUAGCUCUGGCCCGGGGAGAAGAAUCUGUGAGUUCUAUGCAGCCAUUGUAUGAAAAACCCUUGAAGGAUAGGUCAGAGGAUACUGUACUUCCCAAGCCUGACCUAGGCAGUGCAGUUGGAGAUGAAGGCCUUAAAACUAUGGUUGCACUGGCACCAUCUUGCCCCGAGGCAGCAAGCGUUCCUGGUUUUCCAUCUGUGCCCCCUCACAGUCCAGAGUCUGUAGAGGCACAUGAGACAGGUAUGCAGACAAAGGAGAAAGAGGUUGCUGGAGAACCAGCAGAGUAUGUUCUAGAUAAGGGUGUCCUCAGCAGCCCACAAAUAGAGAAGUCCACACCUGAGGAGAUCCCAAAGCCCUCAGCAGUGUCAGAACCAGAGCUAGUCUUGGGGUGGGAGGUGCUGGAGGCUGAUGGUUCUGUGGCAGAGAAGCCAGAGGAGGCCUCUGGCCUUCUACAGAAUAUUGUUGAUGUCUUCUCCAGAGGUUAUGAAACAGUAGCAGCCAUUUUGGGUCCGUCUGGUUCACCUCCAACAGAAGAUGUAGACAGUGGUGUUGCGGAUCCAGAGGACCGUGCAGUCCCAUCAGAGAGCUCCUCUGAUCCUGUCCCAGAUAUAUCUAUCCUUGUUCAGGAAGCAGUGUCUGGAGAGGCACCGCAUGUUGAGGGUGAAACCAAUCCAACUAUAGAGCUCCCAACCACACCUGAGCCAUCCUUGUUGACGGUGGAAGACAAGCAAUCCAACUCUCCAUCGGCAGUGAGACAAGACCGUGAGGAUGGGUUCAUUGGAGUCGAAGGCCCAAGCAGUAUGAGAAAAUGGCCGCCGUUGACGGAGGCUGACCUUACUGAGAUCUCCAGAGGAGAGUUUGUGGUAACUGGGGAAGAAGAGGUUACCCUUGACUCGUGGGCACAAAUAGGGGAGAAGACAACAUUCAAAGUGCAGGAUGAUGUUGAAGUUUUUUCAGCAAGGUCACCUAUCAAGACAGAAUUAUCACCUUCAUCACACCUGGACAAGGGCCCCCAACACACAAUCACAGAAGAAGCCUCCGGCCCUACCUCACAACCUACUGCAGACAAGUUGCUGGUAGAGGACAAGUCUGAAGAAUAUAUAGUACCCGUACCAGAUAAACCCUCUGAUGAUCAGACUGUCACCCCAGUCACCUCAGUUGAAACACAAUCAGAAGUUGACCCACCUCAGAGAGGCAGAAAGAAAAAAAGAUCCCUUCCACGAGAGUCUCAACAAAAAGCAGAUGGCCAAGGAAGUGUGGCUACCCAGGAUGUCGCUGCACAGGUAACGACUAAACUGGUCGCUCCUCAUCGUGUGAAGAAAAAAGAGGGAAGUCUUCCUCCAGAAACUCAACAGGAAGCUGAUGAUCAAGGGAUUGUAUUUAAUGUAGUCCCUUCACAGCCUCUAAGGAGAAAAGACAGCCUCAGUCCAGAGCGUAAACAAAAAUCUGAGAAUGUGUCUGCACAGAAGCCCAUUGAUGUAGUCACUUCCUGCUGUCCGAAGAGAAAAGACAGUAAUCUUCUAACAGAACCUCUAGAGAAAGCUGAUGAUCAGAAGGGUUUCGCUGCCCAGGCAGCUCCUCAGGUGGUCCCAUCACGGCCUGGCAGUAAAAGAGACCGUAGUCUUUCAACAGAGCCCCAACAGAAAGCUGAGGCCCCUGUCCAGGCGCACACAGAAGUGGUCCCUCCUUGCCGUACUAAGAAAAGAGACCGUAGUCUUCCAGCAGAGUCUCCACACCGACCUUUGAGGAGAAAGGAAAGCUUCACUAAAGACACAUCUACACAGGCAACUAGCCUGGUCCCACCUCCGCGCCCAAGGAGAACCUCUAGAGCCUCCAGUGCAGAACCUUCAGAGAAACUUGGCCAGGGAGCCACUGAACUGAUUCUACCACAGCCAACUCAGAAGGCUGAUGAGCCAGAGAAUUUGAUUGCCCAGGCGCUCACCAAGCUGAUUCCACCUCAGCGCACAAGGCAAGCGUCUUUCUCCACCGAACAUCGACAGAAAGCGGACGAUUUAGAGAGUGCUACUGGUCAGGUCACAAAUGUCCCCCUAACACCAGAUCAUGUACCGACAGAGUCGUACACGGACUUUGGUGUGAGAGAGACUGCCCCCCUCUUGAUCAUCAGAAAAAUAGCCCCGCCAAGGCGCAGCAAGAAAACAAAUUCUCCCCCAGGGGAAUCGGGCAAAGCAGAAGAUGUGGUUGUAGAGGCCCUGAAUGCUGCCAACCAGGGGUCUGCAGCACCAUCCCAGAUAGAGGAUCUGAUGAUAGACUCGAUUGAAAAGGUUGAGACUGAGAUGCAGUCUCAGAAAGUCACAGAAAUGGCCACUGAGCCAGUUGAAGAAAAGCCACACUUUGAAGGGGUUGCCGUGAAUUUGACAGUAAUUUAUAGGCCUCUCAUUGACAAUGCAGCUCAGAAGGUAUCGACAGAGGACACUGCGCCAGAAGUAAAGACUGAGGACAAGCAGGAGUACUUACCAGUCCCAAAGCCUCGUGGGAAACGAGACUCGACCCCACCUGUCCAUUUAGAUGCUACCAGACCAAAGACCUGGCAUGCCUCUAGUGGGGAUGACAACGAUUCUGCCAGAGAGAGAGGACGUUCACUUGCAGCCUCAGCCUCUGUGCUGGAACCACCUCGACGCAGCAAGAGGAGCAGUAGUCUUCCUCCCGUACCCCCUGGGUGCCAGCCUGCAGCAUCUGGUGAAGUGGUGGUUGCUCCUCUGCGUAGGAGGAGGAGUAGACUAAACAUAGAACAAUCAAGCGUGCCUGUUCCAGUUCCCCGCUCGAAAAAACGCCUCAGUUCCUCUUUCUCCGAUGGAACUCCUUCAAUGGACUCCUCAUUCACUAGGCAGACCGAUUCCCUUGAGGGCUCGUUGUCUCUCUCUCAGGAAGACAAACAAGUCACCAGUCAGGAAGCCACAGAGGGUUCAAUAUCAUUAACCUCAAGCAUGGUCUCCGAAGGGAGCUUUGUCACAAUUCUUCACUCAGAGGAGAUAUCACCAGAAGUUAUUGUCUGUGAAAAGGGACUGGAGGAGAGUGGGGAGAGCUGGACCUUCACAGAUACCGCUAUGGUCACUGUGGCUUUCACAGAUACUGUAAGCGAGGACAUUGAGAGGGGUUCAGAGGCAGAAACUGUCUUUGAGAAGGGACUGGAGGAGAGCAUGGAGAGCUUGACCUUUACAGAUACUGCCAUUGCCACUGAGUCCUACACAGAAACCCCUAAGUUCUUCGCCGACACUGUUAGUGAGGACAUUGAGAGGGGAUCAGAGGCAGAAUUUCUUGACCAGACCUCUCCAACCACUGCUACACCAGCUGAGGACGACUGGUUACAUGUUAAGGGAGCCAAAGAGACAGAGAAGAUGGAGAUAGAGAGAGAAUACAUGGGGGUUGAAGAGGUGGACUUUGGCUUUGAAUCAGUAGACGUAGCUGCCGGUGGCUUAGAUGAAGAGAGGCAGCAGGAGGCAGCAGAGGAGCCAACAACGCCUGAACGCAGACCUGCAAACUCUCAGGAAAUGGGUCAAGACAGUGCUGCUUCUCCAGAAGGCCUCAUGGCCAGUCCUGGCCUGGUCACUUCCAGCCAGUCACUACUGGAGUGGUGUCAGGAGGCCACCAAAGAACACAAGGGGGUCAAGAUCACUAACUUCAGCACAUCCUGGAGGAACGGCCUGGCCUUCUGUGCCCUUCUACACCACUUCCACCCGGACAGGAUAAACUUUGAGAUGCUGGACCCUUAUGACAUCAAGCGCAACAACAAGAAGGCUUUCGACGGCUUUGCUAAGCUGGGCAUUUCUCGGCUGAUGGAGCCCUCAGAUAUGGCCCUCCUGGCCGUGCCUGACCGCCUCAUUGUCAUGACCUACCUCAACCAGAUCCGCACCUACUUCUUGGGCCAGGAGCUGAGCGUGCUGCACAUAGAGGCGGACAGCAGCGAGUCCAGCUACGGUGUGGCCGGGGAGAGCAGGGAGGGCCCCGACCCGGAGGCCGCUGCACGCUACUGUCAACGGAUCCAAGAUGAGACCCUCACAAUGAACACCAAUGGGGGCGCUGCAGAGAAGGAGGCGUAUAGUGAAACUAAGGGGGGCACCAAUGGGGACGUGGUCCCGCCCCCUAGAACCAAACGGCUACAAGCUGCAGGGGCAGGAGGAGGGGCCCAGGCCCCCGUCGCACCCCCCAGGACACACUUCUUAUCUGCCAAGUCUGGGUUCUCCCAGCUAAAGGAUGCAGAUCUGGUUAAGAAGCGGCGGUCGCAACGCAGGUUAAUAGACGAGGCAGACACACCCGAGGUUGCUACAGGUCAGGAAGAGGGUGGAGCUACCAGAAGGAAAUCAGACACAGAAUGGGAAGCUGGUGAAGAAGGACGAUCGGCUGAGGAGGGGUGCCAGGACGCCAGCCAGUAUGCACUGAGUGAGAUGAAGGCCCUGGAGACGGAACAGAAGCACAUUGACAGCAGGGCAGACAUAGUGGAAAGGAGACUACGCCGACUGAUGGACUCAGGUAGUGACAAGAUGCAGGAGGAGAAGCUGAUUCAGGAGUGGUUCACUCUGGUCAACAAGAAGAACGCCCUCAUCAGGAGACAAGACCAACUACAGCUACUACAAGAAGAGCAGAACCUGGAAACGAGGUUUGAGAUGCUGAACCGAGAACUGAGAGACAUGAUGGCUAUUGAAGAGUGGCAGAAGACAACGGCCCAUAAGCACAGGGAGCAGCUGCUACUGCAGGAGCUGGUGUCUCUGGUCAACCUGAGAGACGAGCUGGUCCACGACAUGGAUGCCAAGGAGAGAGGGGCUCUGGAGGAGGAUGAGAGGCUGGAGAGAGGCCUGGAGCAGAGACGCAGGAAGUACAGCAAGAAGAGCAAGGAGGAGAAGUGUGUGCUGCAGUGAGGCCUGGCGCUGGACACACCUGAACCAGGCAGCCCUGUGGAAGGUCACCUGGGUGCACUUUGGGACUGAUGCUGUAUGUGUGUGGCUCAUGACAUCAACACUGCAUGGAAGAGAUUGAGAACAGUGUUAUGUGACUGAGGAUGAGGAUGAGGAUGGAAAACGAUGUUCGCCCCUCCCCCCACACCCCUCCAUGAUAUGACUGAGCCUCAAUCCAACCUAUGACUGGUUAUGAUCAGUCGCUUUGCUCCUCAGAUUGUGUUUUGAUUGGAUUGAAGUGUUUUUCUUGACACAUAUUUUUCUAUAUGGAUGCAGAGUGUGUGUGUACCUGUGUUUGUGCGUGCGAAUGUGUGCGCUGAUGCGUGUCAUUGUGAGUGCAAUCUAUGACUGUAUGGCGUUAUUUUGUGUGUUAACGUCGGGUCACAAAGACAUAUCCCUAACUAACCUAUCACCAGAUAGUUGCCUUACUGUAGAAUCUGUUACAGGAGUGUAUGGUUUCAUGGGUUUACGUAUAAAAGGUAUUUUCCACUGAAUGGCAUAUUAUGGACGGGACAGGGCUCCAGUUACCAUGUAUAACAAAGACCAACUUUAGGCCCAUGCAGCAGGUGGAUUGAUUCACCCGUCUUCACCUACAGUUACAUGAAACUGACAGGAGCGGUCUGUGAUUUAUUGCCAAUUACAAUGGAGAGAUGGACGGGAAGUACUCAACUUGUGCCAAACAAAUAUUGCAAAAAAAAAGGAUCUUUCUUAUUUCUUGCAGUGUGUUGGCUUGCCCCCUGCAGACGGCACACAGCAAACAUCUGUUGUCUUGAUUGUUUAUCGACGCGGAUGUCGAGGAAAGAAGAAAACUGACAUUGUCGACAAGGUCUUGGUAUUGGAAGAUGUUAAAUGUUGACUUGCAGGGCUCCAACGCUCAACCAGAGAGGGAGAUUGUGGGGAGGAAAGGGAAAAGAACUGUGGAGUCUAUACGGUAGCAAGUUUCGUACCCUAAAGCUCGGUGUCUGAAAGAACAAAACCGUUUUAACUUAUCCAAAAUAAUUUAUGGUUUUAUUUAUUGAAUAGGUAUUCAACAGAUAAUCUUACAGAUCCAGCCUUUUGACCAGACCCAUAUAUUUUUGUUAAUGACUGGAAGUAGGAACUUUGUUUCAGGUCUGGAUAUGUUUAUGCAGUGAGUUUGAGUUCAGUUACUGUUUUGUGACAUUAGCCUUGUAAUGUCUUGUUUUCCAUUGAUUGGGUUUUGUUGUUUUAUUAAUUCAAUGAAUUGACGCAGAAGCUGUGGAGUCUGAAAAGGAAAUGAUUUAAAAUACUAGAGAACAGCAAUAUUCAGAACAGAAAACAUCAGGCAAAUGCAUGCUUUGUAGUAUUACUAUAUAUAGUCUUAUGCACGUGGUUAUGACAGAGGAUGUAAUGUGCAAAAGUGUAUGCAGUAAACAAUUAACCCUAACACGGUCUAAAAAAAAAUACAUAUUCUAAGAUUAAAACACCAGCACUUCCUUACUGCAGUAUUACUAUCAUUUGGCCAAGAUUGGACCAGAGGUUGAUAUUCGCUUGACCUCUGCGGAGCAACACACCAGAGUAAAAACUAGACUCUGUCCUGAGUGAUUUUGGGAUGCCAUUUGACUGAGAGUGAAAAAUAAAUUGACGGUGAAGUGUUUGAACUUGUGUUCCAGUCUGUGCCUCCUCUGCCACCCUGUUGUUAGUUACUGUGGUAAUGUUUACUAUUCCCUGUGUGAGUUUGAGAAAUGUGCUUUUGAGUUUUCUGAAAUAGCUUUUUGGGGAAGUUUUUUUGUUUGUUUUAAUGUUACGUACAUUUGCACUAUUUGUAAUGUUUGGAAAAUAAAAGCUAUUUUGGAUGA